GGUCUGCUUGCCUACCCAGAGAUCUUUCAUGUGGUGCUGAGCUGCAUUUCUAACGAUUUAUCUGCUUUUGAUUCCCUUAUACUGCUCGUUCCGUCGUUAUAAAAUAAUAUAAAUUAUAAAUAUGGCAGAAGCGAUUCAAAAGAAACUAAAAGCUGAAGUAGAAAAAUUCGCACAGAUUCAGAAAGAUCUCAGCAAAAGCAUAUCUGCAAAACAGAAGCUGGACACGCAAUUGACUGAAAACAACAUUGUCAAAGAGGAGCUGGACAUGUUGGACAGUGCUAAUACAAUUUAUAAACUGAUUGGUCCAGUGUUAGUGAAGCAGGAUCUGGAUGAAGCCAAAGCCACAGUUGCAAAAAGGUUGGAGUAUAUCAGCGGAGAACUGCAAAGAUAUGACAUGUUGCUUAAGGACAUGGAGAAGAAGUCUGACCAGCAGAGAGAGGUCCUGUCCAGUUUACAGCAGGAAUUCCAGAAAGCACAGGGCCUCGCUGUGGGCAAAGCGUGAACUCAUCCAACUACACACGAAUGCACCAUACAAACACAGAACGUACAUGUUAACAUACAAGACAGUGAAAUGAUUUGCGGUGUAAGUGGGCUUUUUAAUAGGAGUUACAGCUAGGAUAUAUAUGAGCACUCAGUUUUCAGCUUGAAUAAUAAGAAAACCAGCCAAACCAGUGAGCAAAAGAUGCUGUCUAUUUAUAUAAAUUGCAAUCUUUCCUUUUCUUGUUAUGGGGUGUAAUAUAAAAAAAAAAAAAUUGUUAUUUGCGUAAAGUUGAUUUUGAACCUUUUUGAUCAAAAAACAUCCAACUUUCUUUAACAUCCGCAAGUGCAGCUGUGUUUAGGCCUUGAAAAAACUAAUUUCAAACU